GUUCUGCAUUCUCAUCUUAGUUAACCUCAACCACAACUAAACUAACUUGUUCAAAACUAAAACUUCAUAUAAAUUAUAGAACAGUUCUGUUGUGUCGAACCAUAACAUUGCAGCAUUUAUUUACUUUAGAGAACUGUAAAACAAUUUGGUACCAUGAGUUCUAUUGGGACCGGGUAUGACUUAUCCGCCUCUCAAUUUUCACCUGAUGGAAGAGUAUUCCAGGUAGAAUACGCUCAAAAAGCUGUGGAAAACAGUGGCACUGUUAUUGGCUUGAGAGGCAAAGAUGGAGUUGUGUUUGCAGUAGAAAAAUUGAUAACAUCCAAACUCUACGAGCCCGGUCCAAAUAAAAUCUUCACAGUUGACAAACAUGUUGGCAUGGCAGUAGCUGGGCUGAUCUCAGAUGCCAGACAACUCGCAGUUGUCGCCAGAACCGAAUGUUCCAACUAUAGAUCGACGUACGGAGUCAACAUCCCACUCAGCUACCUCAAUGACCGAUUGUCCAUGUCCAUGCAUGUCUACACACUGUACUCGGCUGUACGGCCGUACGGAUGCAGUGUUAUCUUGGGGUCUUACGAUGAAGACGGACCCUCUAUGUACAUGAUUGACCCUUCAGGCGUCUCUUAUGGCUACUUUGGCUGUGCAAUUGGCAAGGCCAAACAAGCUGCCAAGACUGAAGUAGAAAAGUUAAAGCUGAAGGAUAUGACUUGCAAUGAACUGGUCAAAGAGGCAGCUAGGAUAAUUUACCUUGUUCACGACGAACUAAAGGACAAACAGUUUGAACUGGAGCUCUCGUGGGUGUGUAAGGAGACCAAGGGGCUACAUGAGCGAGUGCCGGCCGAACUACAGGCUGAGGCAGAGAAGGCAGCACGAGCUGCUAUGGAGGAAGACUCUGAUUCUGACACCGACGGAAUGUAACCAAUAAAAAUACUGUUGUCUUAAUUUAUGCUACUAAAUAAAUUUUCUUUUUAUAAGCAA